AUGUCUUUGGAAGGGUCCUUUGCCAAUUUGAUGAUCGCAGCUGAAGAUUCUGCGAUUCCUGUUAAGUCUUUGGUAUUCAAGCCAAAAACGGCUAAAUCUGCCAUAGCAGUUCCUAUUGUGGUUGUUGCUUUACAAUCUACUACUACUCCAUCUCCACUAAUCGGAUCUGUUACUGGUACAAAGGACCCAAGGUUGGCUCGCGAUGAGCUAUUCCAGUCACAUUUUGAUAUUGAGAACUCCAAGUUGUUUAGGUUGUCAGAUCUUGAGAAAGCCAAGCAUCCUUUCAAGCUGCUAUUGGAUGAUAACUUAAGUGAGUUGGCUGAUGAUGUUGUUUUAAAGUUGAAUGAGGAUAUUUAUGUAAAGAAGGAGGGAUUAUGUGGAUUUUUAGGACGGUUUGAACCCCAGGGGGUGAACUUCAGCCAGUCGGUUGGCGAUGGGAAGGUGGCUUCGAAGCCAGCCAAUGAGAAGAAGGAGAACGGAAAGGGUAAGGGUAAGGGUAAGGAUAAGGAGGGUUCUGCAGCGUUGGAGGACGCUAAGUUGAUCGGUAUUACCGUAGACAAGUCUUUGGACUUUUCUGGUUGGUACCAACAGAUCUUGACAAAGGGUGAGAUGUUGGACUAUUAUGAUGUUUCUGGUUGCUAUAUUUUGAGGCCUGCGUCAUACUCUAUCUGGGAGACUAUCCAAAGAUGGUUUGACGACAGAAUCAAGUCAAUCGGAGUGCAAAACGCUUACUUCCCUAUGUUUGUUUCUUCUAGGGUUCUAGAGAAAGAGAAAGAUCAUAUCGAGGGUUUUGCUCCAGAGGUUGCUUGGGUUACGAGGGCUGGUUCUUCUGAGUUGGAGGAACCUAUUGCCAUUCGUCCUACAUCCGAAACCGUGAUGUACCCAUACUAUGCUAAGUGGGUUCAAUCUUACAGAGAUUUGCCAAUCAAGCUCAACCAGUGGAACUCCGUCGUCAGAUGGGAAUUCAAACAUCCUCAACCUUUCUUGAGAACAAGAGAGUUCUUGUGGCAGGAAGGCCACACAGCUCACUUGACCUUUGAAGAGGCUAACGAGGAAGUUCUUCAAAUUUUGGAUUACUAUGCCGGUGUUUAUGAGGAGCUCUUGGCUGUUCCAGUCGUUAAGGGUAAGAAAACUGAGAAAGAGAAGUUCGCCGGUGGUGACUUUACUACCACUUGUGAAGGUUACAUUCCACAAACUGGUCGUGGUAUCCAAGGUGCUACCUCCCACCAUUUGGGACAAAACUUCUCUAAGAUGUUUAACCUAAGUGUUGAAAAUCCCUUGGGUCCAGAACAUCCAAAGCUUUAUGCAUAUCAAAACUCAUGGGGGUUGUCCACUAGAGUGAUCGGAGUUAUGGUUAUGAUCCAUUCCGAUAAUAAGGGUCUAGUUGUGCCUCCAAGAGUUUCACAAUACCAAGUUGUCGUCGUGCCAGUCGGUAUGACUGCCAAGAGCACUGAUGAGCAAAGGGAAACUAUCCGCAACUCUGCAAAGGAAAUUGAAGCCAGAUUGAAGAAGGCUGGUGUCAGAGCCUUCGGUGAUUACAACGACAACUACACCCCUGGUUGGAAGUUUGCUCAAUAUGAAUUGAAGGGUAUUCCUUUGAGAUUAGAAUUUGGUCCAAAGGAUAUGGAAAAAGAACAAGUUACUGUCGUAAGAAGAAACGACGGAAAGAAAUACACCUUUAGCUUACUGGAAUUGGAAACUAAGGUGCCAGAGCUAAUGGAAUGCAUGCAAAGAGAUAUGUUCUUGAAGGCUAAGCAGUCCUUCGACGAACACAGAGUUAUUAUUAAUGAAUGGAAAGACUUCGUGCCUGCAUUGAACAAUAAAAAUGUUAUCUUGGCUCCAUGGUGUGGCGUAAUGGAAUGUGAAGAAGAUAUUAAAGACUCUUCCGCGAAGAAGGAUGACGGUUCUGAGUUAGAGAUUGAUGAAAAAGCUCCAAGUAUGGGUGCAAAGUCCUUAUGUAUUCCAUUUGAACAGCCUGAAUUAAAGGCGGGUCAGAAAUGUAUAAAAUGUGAACGCGACGCCAUUCAAUACUGUAUGUUUGGUCGUUCCUAUUGA